AGGUCUACCUCCUACUUCAGCCUCCAAAUUGAAUUACGGAUCAAUGUUGCCUAUUUCCUGUUUCAAAAAGAAUGGAUAAUGAUAAUGGUGUUGUUUGUGUAGAGCGGAUCGGACAGAAUUCGGACUUGGCCAAUCAUUUGAUUGCAAAUUAUUUGGAGUUUAGUUUGUUACGAGUUUCAGGAUUUUGAUUUAUCACAUCUUUUUUUUUGAAAAUCUCUGAUCUCAAGUAUUUAUUGAUCCGAGCAAUAAUUGUUUUAUAGUUAGAAGUUUUAUGCUUGUUUGAUAUAAGUAGUUUAGUUUCUCAAUUUGAACCUGAAAUGCAGUUUGUAAAUUAAUGCAUGGUGAUCCUAAACAAAAACUUUGAUAUCCUUAUCAAGAUUCGGUUUAUAGUAAGUUGAUUUUGUAAAAAAAAAUGCUACGCGGAUAAUGAGCUGACUGUAUCAUGUGAAUGAUCGAAAAUUGAUGAAUCAAUUAUCACUCUUACUUCUUCCAUACUUCAAGUUUAACGAUGAAAAGAAGAAAACCUAUUUUGGAAUUUCAAAGCUCCAAGGACUCUUCAUCUCACUCAUCGAAAAAUACUCCAGGAAUUUCAUCGCUAGUAUGUUACAGUGAAGACAGCGAUGCCGAAAGUAAUGCAAACAUCUUUGGAGCUAAUCCAUCUUAUCGAACCGCCGAUUCCGGUUUACUUGAGAAGCCAACCACUCCUUGGCAAGCGUGUGUUGAUGAAAAUACGGGGUAUUCUUAUUACUGGAAUGUAGAAACGAAUCAAGUUACAUGGGAAGUUCCUGCCGAUUACUUGGCAUACCAAACUCAACUUCAGCAAUGGAAAACUAGGAAUAAUGCUAGAUUCGAAGAACUUUCAGAAAUACAGCAGAAUUCUGGUAAAACUAAUAUCUUGGCGAAUGAAUUCAAUUAUACCAGUGACUCAGAUACGAGUGUUAAAGAAGAGAAAAUCGAAUUGAUUUCUGCUUACGGCGCUACGUCAGAAGACGAAAGUGAAUCAGAGCAAAGCCAUUUCAGUAAAAAAUCCCAUCGGAAUAUGGAAAAACUCGAGAAUAAGUCUGUUUUAAGCAAUAAAAUCAAUCAGCCAUCACACAAUCGCGAGUUCAUCUCUCCAGUUACCAAUUCAAUUAUCCCAAGUGGAAGCAAUACCAACUGCGCCUUUCUUCAAAACGAUCUGUCAACGCACUCUAAACCAAAUGAAGGUACCUCUGAUAACAAAACUAAUAAACCAAACGAAACUGUAUAUCCUUGGUUACGCCGUAAAGAAAGCUCUCCUAAACCAAUGGUAAAAAAUUCUCACAACGACAGCUCCGAUGAAGACGAAGAUGAGAAUGAUGAAGAAUUAGAUGACGUAAUAAUUAGUAGACUGCGUAAAAAAGCUAUGCUUUUGAAACAGUUGGGAGGAGAAGUGCCUAGAGAAAUAUUGAGCGUAUUUGAUAAUUCAAAAACUGCCGAAGACAUAAUCGCUGAAAUUGAGAAAGAAAUUCCUGCUGAUAGUGUGCAAGCUAGCGCUGAAGUAAACAAUGAACCUGAACCUUUAGAUGUUUCCAAUAAAGGGAAUAAAUCUAGUGAUGCUCCGCCUCCGAAGCCGCUAUUCCCAAUUUUGAACUAUGCGAAAAAAGAAGAGCCUCAAUUUGAAUUUAAAGUUCCUUCGAGAAACGUAGCCGCUCCAAAGAGUAAAAUGAAAAACAUUCAGAAAAUCAAGUUAUCAGCGCGAGCUAAAGAACUUAUACGUACCAGUUUAUUAACAGCGAAAGCUCGAGCUACUAACUUUGUUGAAACCGAAGAUGGUCUGAAACCUGCGGAAGAAGUGCAGAAAUUAGAAGAGCAACAAAAGCUACAGACUCAAGUUUCUGAAAAUGACGCUAAAGAUAUCAUCAUAGAUGACCCAGAAGACUCAUUACUUGAAAAAAACGGACUUCAAGAACUAAAUGACGAACCAUCCGCUGGUUCAUCAGUCAUCGAAGAUCUCGAAUUGAAGAAGUCCGCUCCUAAAGCUAAUUAUUUCAAUUUAAACGAGGAUAAGAAAACUGUAGGUCUUGGCACAAAGACCGAAGAAAUCAUUACCAAGCGGAGUGAUUUGAAAGUUAUGAAAAGCGAUUUUUCCAACGACGGAAAAUUUGAUUUUCAAACUUCGUUCAUUGUGUAUCAUCCGAAACAGAAAAAAGACGAUACUAAAAAAGCCGACGAUGCCAAAAAUAACUCCUUAUGGUCUAAAUGCGAAGAAUUUUUACAAUCUGAACUGAAUAGACCCGAAAUCAAAGAAACUGAUAAGGAUGCUGCGAAGAAAGAUGACGAUAAAAGCAAAAGUGAAAGUAAACAGGAUACCAACGAUCAGAAAUUCAAUGAUAUCGAUAUAGAUGAAGUAUUGGAUACGAAAAAUGAAAAUGAAGAACAGAAAAUGACCGAUUUAACUCAAAUAAUCAUGGAAAAGUUAAAAUACCUGAGUGAAGCGAAAAGUGCAGUAUCUUCUGUCCAAGUGAUGGCUAUUCAAAUUGAAACUUUGGUCGGCGCCUGGCAAAGCGGAGCAUUAGCUAUAAAAUAUUUAUCAGAUUGGCUGGAUGCCUCUUUAGUUCAAUUGAAAUUCUUCGAAGAAGCUGCAGCUCCGAAAGGAUGGCUUUGCGAAUGGGAUAGAUCGUACGGUAGAUAUUACUAUCGAAAUAAAGUUACCGGAAGCAUUCAGUGGGAUUAUCCUGAUUACGAUGAGAAAAAUGGAAGCUCUUCCAGUUCCAGGUCAUCAAGAAAAAGUUCAUCUUCCAGGAGAUCGAGUCACUCAAGACCUAGAACACCUCCUCCUCCAGUUAUUUCUGAUAUGGUACCACCGCCCCCUCCCGUUAUAUCUGAAAGAGAUCGAGAUUCGCGCAAAAGAAGACCUAGUCCUAGACGUGAUUCUGAUAGGAGAAGAAGAGAUGAAGGCAGGUAUAGGCCUAGCUCAUAUCCUUCAAAAUCGAAGUACAGAAGAGGUCGAUCUCGUUCACGCUCUCCAGCCUCUGUUUUACCUCCCCUGCCACCUACUCCGCCUAAACCUGCAACUCCGCCACCUCCUCCUCCUUCCUCACCACCUCCAUUACCGCCUCCACCUCCUGUUGGGACUGCAGAUGGUAGAACUUAUUUUCCAGAAUAUUAUUCCGAUAAGUGUACAACUGUUACUCCUAUGGAAAUUGAAGAAGACGAGAAACCUGUCAAACUGCACGAUGAACUAGAUUCAUUUUAUUCCGACAUAGCUUCCAUCGAAGCGACGUUCAAUCAUACCAAUAAUUUUGAGCAGCCAGCGGCGAAAUUCGAAGAGCCUAGACCACCACAACCCGAAUACUUCGCUGUUGAAAACAGCAGUGCCAGAGUCGAAGAAAAAGUUGUGAAAAAGAAGAAAAAAGUGAAAUUGGACUCUGGAUUGAGCCUCAAGAAAAAAGGAUUAGAGACGCUUGUCGCUAAAUGGCAAAAAGUCAGUAGUGAUAAUAUAUAAUAACAUUCUGUGUAGUAAUUUAUCAUGUGAGAUACGUAUGUUUGUAAAAAUAUAAAUAAAAGAUCAUGUACUUGA